AUGAUUAUUGGCAGCUUUGGAAUCGUGCUUCUUCAGCUGCUGAGUGGCAAGUCACCCCAUGUCGACCCAAAAACACAUAUAAGAAAAUGGGCUAUGAAGCUGGUGGAGGCGUAUGAGGUGGAUGAGCUGAAGGACAGCAAGAUGCCGCCAGUAAGUGAGGAGGCCAUAGUGGACUUUGCAGACCUGGCUCUGGACUGCAUCAAGUCUCCCGGCACACGGCGACCCACCAUGAAGGAUGUGGCAUACCGCCUCAGUGCCCUCAUUGACAAGCACUGCCCCGACAAGGAGGAGUGGGAGAAUGUUGUGACAGAAGAAGGGACAAGCAACCAAGGGAUGCCUUUUGAGUUGUCUGGAGAUGGAGGGAUCCUGAGAGGUCUCAUGGCUCACAGUCUGGUGUGGUCUCAUUCACGGGUACUUUCUCGAUGA